UUCUGGUGAAUUUUUCACACUUCUUAUUGGAGAGUCGUGCAGACAUGAAUGAAAAAUAAGUAGUUCGGAUUUAACUAAACUUUCUUCUAGUCAUAGGAGAGAAUCCACAUAUAAUCAAAAUAUUUAUGAAACCCCUGAAUAAAAAAUUAUGCAUUUGAAUAUAGCAUAAUAACCAACCAUGGCUGGUGCAAGCACUGGUUCCUUCCCUAUCUACCACAGACUCUUCAACCUUUCCUUUACUACCCAUUCUUCCAUUUCACACAUCACCCUUAACUUCCCACACAGAACAACAACAACAACAACCAUUUCUUCAAAACCCUUCAAUCUAAUCUCUCAAUUAUUCAACCCUCUUCAUCCACCUCCUUCAUUUUCAUUCUAUGAAGAAGAACAACAAUUCUUUGAAUCUGAAUCUGAAUCUGAAUCUGAAUCUGAAUCUGAAACUGAAACUGAAACCUUACUUAACUCAGACCUAAAUCAGGAAGCAGAAUCAACCCAAUCAAGAAGACUCUUUGUUGGAAACUUGCCAUUUUCACUGUCUUCUUCACAAUUGGCUCAACUCUUUGGAGAGGCUGGAAAUGUUGUGUCUGUCGAGAUUUUGUAUGAUGACAUCACAAAUAGAAGCAGAGGAUUUGCUUUUGUUACAAUGGGGAACGUGGAGGAUGCUGAAGAAGCAAUUCGAAUGUUUGAUGGCACUACAGUUGGAGGCAGGGCUAUUAAGGUAAACUUCCCAGAAGUGCCCAUAGUAGGAAAAAGGGUACAAAUGGGCUCAACCUAUAGAGGUUAUGUAGAUAGCCCUCACAAGAUCUAUGCUGGAAACCUUGGUUGGGAUAUGACUUCCCAGUAUCUUAGAAAAGCCUUUGCUAAGCAACCAGGCUUACUGAGUGCCAAGGUCGUCUACGAAAGGAACAAUGGAAAAUCUCGCGGAUAUGGAUUUGUCUCUUUCGAAACUGCUGAGGAUGUAGAGGUUGCUUUGAGUGCUAUGAAUGGCGUGGAGGUUCAAGGCCGACCUUUACGACUGAAAUUGGCUGUGGAUAACAGGAAGCCUUCAUCUCUUGAUCAAAAUAAAGGAAAUAAUGUUGAUAGCUUGGAAAUGUUAUUUGGAAUAAGCAAAUGAGGCUAUCCGGGAUCUUGAAACAACUCAUGACAUAUGCCGGAAUCACUUGGACUACUGCUUUAAUGAGAACCUCUAGCUGCAAAGGACAUAUGAUUUCUUUUCCAACCUUUCAACUUCUUCCAAACUCUAUCUUGGACAAAGUUGAAUAUAUGUUGUUUAGAUAGAUCUCCCUACGUAGGAUGAAUAUUUUAUAAAUAAAACUAGCAUGUGAAUUGUAAAUUGCGAAGGGAACUCCGCGAAAAUAUGAAAUCCCUCUCAAAUUACCUGGUCGCAAAGUUUUGAGCCAUUAUCAAUGAAAUAUUUUAUAAUUUUCUGUCACUAA